AUCCCUCAGCGCCGGAAGUGGUGCAGCACGGAUGUAUUAACGUGAACGUGUCAGUCUCGGUUGUCUUGAGAGUGAUGAUGCGGGUAUGCUGGCUGGUGAGACAGGACAGUCGGCACCAGCGAAUCCGACUCCCGCAUUUGGAAGCAGUUGUGAUUGGGCGCAGCCCAGACACCAAGAUCACUGAUAAGAAAUGUUCUCGACGGCAAGUACAGUUGAAAGCAGAGUGUAACAAGGGAUAUGUCAAGGUAAAGCAGGUAGGGGUCAAUCCCACCAGCAUUGACUCCGUCAUAAUUGGGAAAGACCAAGAGGUGAAGCUGAAGCCUGGCCAGGUUCUCCACUUGGUGAAUGAACUUUAUCCGUAUAUUGUAGAGUUUGAGGAAGAGACAAAGAGCCCUGGCCUGGAAACACACAGGAAGAGAAAGCUGUCAGGUGACAGUGAUUCUAGAGAAAGGGAUGUUGUACAGCAAAUUGAGCCAGGGACAGGACUGGACCCCAGGAGCAGCCCUACUCAAUGCUCUGUGCCCUCAAAGAAAGGGAAAGAUGGAACUACCAAAAAGGAGGCAGUAGGCCACUGGAGUCAAGGUUUGAAGAUUUCUAUGCAGGAUCCCAAAAUGCAGGUUUACAAAGAUGAGCAGGUAGUGGUGAUUAAGGAUAAAUAUCCCAAGGCCCGUCACCACUGGUUGGUGUUACCAUGGACCUCCAUUUCCAGUCUGAAGGCAGUGACCCAGGAACACCUGGAACUCCUCAAACACAUGCACGCUGUGGGGGAAAAAAUGGCUGCAGAUUGUGCCGCCUCCAGCAAGCUCCGCUUUCGAUUGGGCUACCAUGCCAUUCCCAGCAUGAGUCAGGUACACCUUCAUGUGAUCAGCCAGGAUUUUGAUUCUCCCUGCCUUAAAAACAAAAAACAUUGGAAUUCUUUCAAUACAGAAUACUUCAUUGAAUCACGAGAGUAGUUGGGAUCUGAACUCUUUUUUCUUGCCUGCAGCUGUGAUCGAGAUGAUACAAGAGGCUGGCAGAGUGACUGUUCAAGAUGGGACGUCUGAACUCUUGAAACAGCCCCUUCGUUGUCAUGAGUGCCAGCAGCUGCUGUCUUCUAUUCCACAACUGAAAGAACAUCUCAGGAAGCACUGGCCAGAGUGACUGUGGAGUCCAAGCUUCUACAGCGAAUGUGGCCUGCUCUGUGGUGUGAACACCCA